AUGGCCGACGCUUUCCGCGGAGUUUUACAAUCAUACAGACAAUUCAAGAACGUUUACUUCAACUCUCAUGAACACUUUGGUAUGUCAUUACUUUCCAGUAGUGCGCUUUGAUGGCGCAAACAAUACAUUUUCAGGAACUUUUAAAGCUUUCAUGUAUGAUUGAUAAAUUGUCAAUUUAUAGGUCGCAAGAACAUCUGCGGAGCCGCAUUCAUGACCUACAUUGGUAUCUACCUCGCCUUCAAAUGGAACGGCGCCCGCAAGGCCAAGAAGUUGGAAGCCGAGAAACACCGCGAAAAGCAAAACGUUCUCAACGACGCUCUGGCUCGAGCUGGUAUAAUCUAG